CGCAUGCGGGCGCGGCGCCCCGGGGCUUUUCCCAGCGAGGGGCGCGCGCGUCGCGCGGGGGCCGAGGGAGGGUCAGGGUCUGCGGUGAGAGGCGAGUGCGGACGGCGCGGCCGCGGUGUCCCCGUGCGACGUGGCCUCCCGAGCCUCCACCGGCGGGCGCGGCGGCAGUUGACAGAAUGACAGGAACGGAGGCUGAAGCUACGAGAGACAAAGCCAUGGAAGAGGAAAGCACUGAACAGAAGAAAGAAAGAGAGAAAAAGAAGAGGUCAAGGGUUAAACAGGUGCUGGCAGAUAUAGCAAAACAAGUGGAUUUCUGGUUUGGAGAUGUUAAUCUCCACAAAGACAGAUUUCUCCGAGAACAAAUAGAAAAGUCUAGAGAUGGAUAUGUUGACAUUUCACUUCUUGUUUCUUUCAACAAAAUGAAAAAAUUGACUACUGAUGGAAAAUUGAUAGCUCGAGCAGUUAAAAGUUCAUCUGUUGUAGAAUUGGAUUUAGAAGGAACUAGAAUCAGAAGACGUCAACCACUGGGUGAGCAACCAAAGGAUGUGGACAGUCGUACGGUCUAUGUGGAGCUGCUUCCCAAAAAUGUUAAUCACAGUUGGAUUGAACGAGUCUUUGGAAAGUGUGGCAACGUAGUUUAUGUCAGUAUACCCCGGUAUAAAUCUAGUGGUGAUCCGAAAGGAUUUGCUUUCGUUGAAUUUGAAACUAAAGAGCAAGCAGAUAAAGCUAUUGAGUUUUUGAAUAAUCCACCAGAAGAAGCACCUCGGAAACCUGGGAUUUUCCCCAAAACAGUAAAGAAUAAGCCUGUUCCUGCGCUGAAUACAAGUAACAGCAGUGUCGUAGAGGAGAAGAAAAAGAAGAAGAAGAAGAAAUCCAAAAUGAAGAAAGAGGGCAAUGUACAGGCAGCUGUGGAAACAAAGGAAUCAAACACAAACACUACAGCAGAACAAGUACCGAAGUCAAAAAGACAUAGGACUUCAUCCGAAUGUUCAGAAAUGGAGGCAGCUGAGGCCCCCAGACAGCCCUCUAAGAGAGAGAAAAGAAAAUGUGACAGAACAGAAAGUUCUGAGGUGCCUGUGGAAAACAGGCCAGUGAAGAGAAAAAGAAGCAGCUCUGGAGAUGCUGAGGCAUCAAGUGUAAAAGUCAAGAAAACACUUCAGAAGGAUGAAGUUCAUACUGUUAAAGAGGAAACAACAGAAGUUAAGAAAGAUCCCAAUGAAGUUUCUGCAGAGGAUGACAAAGAGGCUGAUAAGAAAGACACAUCCCUUUCAAAAUCUAAAAGGAAGCAUAAGAAAAAACACAAAGAAAGGCACAAAAUGGGUGAAGAAGUCAUUCCACUCAGAGUACUCUCAAAGAGUGAGUGGAUGGAUUUGAAGCAAGAAUAUUUGGCCCUUCAAAAAGCCAGUAUGGCCUCCUUAAAGAAAACAAUGUCUCAAAUCAAAUCUGAGCCUACGGGAGAAAUGGAAACAGACAUUUGUGCACAGAAAAAGCCUCAGCCUAAAAAUGGCAAAUCCACCAGUGAAGACUCUGCCCCUCCUGCCAAGGCUAACACAAUGGGGCCCCAGUUUGUAAGUGGAGUAAUUGUGAAGAUCAUUAGCACGGAGCCCCUGCCAGGCAGGAAGCAGAUCAAGGAUGCUUUGACCAUGAUGGCUGAUGUUGCUUAUGUUGACAUGCUGGAGGGAGAUACAGAAUGUCAUGUCCGUUUUAAUACUCCUGAAGAUGCACAGACUGUUAUAAAAUCAUACAAAGAAAUACAAAUUAAAAACAACUGGAAAUUUGAAGUCCUUGCUGGUGAUCAUGAGCAACGGUACUGGCAGAAGAUUCUGGUGGACAGACAAGCUAAACUUAACCAGCCUCGAGAAAAGAAGCGGGGUACUGAGAAACUGAUUGCCAAAGCAGAACGAAUGAGACUUGCAAAGACUCAACAGGCAACUAAACAUAUUCGCUUCUCUGAAGAUAACUAACCAAGACUGACUGCAAUCUUGAAAGUGAUUUAGGAGAGGAAAAAAAAACAACACUGGCUACAGCAAUUAAACUAUUUUCAAGAAGAUAUAAAAACUGGUCCAUUUGCUUCGUAAUUCUGCAGACUGCAAGUAUGAAUUCCCAUUUUUUGAUAGGCUGAAUGUUUACUGCUUCUGAGCCUUUAGGUGAAGCUUUCUUGGGGGGGAAGUAUGAAAAGAAAUCUUGCUUUAGUUUCUUUUCUUUUCUUUUUUUUUGUAUGUUGACAUUUUAUACACUAGGUUAUAAAAUAAAAUGCUCAAGAAAA